GUUGCUGUUUCUGUAUCCGAGGCGAAUUAAGCGCAAUGGGAAACUGAAAUUAUGUAAUUCAAAGCGUGAUUUCCAUGCCUUUGAACGGGAAGCUUCCUGACUGAGAAGCUUGUUUGGAUUGGGGUUUUUCUCUCUUGCAGUGCCAGAGUGUUCAAUGCGUCUCCAAGUGCGCACGACCAGUCUGCAGCAGCAGCGCGCCGCAGACCGCCUGCCAGGCAUCUGGCUGCUCUGCGUUUAUUCCUGGAGGCGCCGCUUUUUUUUGCACAAUCACCCCCAACAGGUGGAUAAGUGAAGAGGGAGAGAACAUCGGCGAAAAAAAAAAAAACAAACCCCAACAACAAGCCUGGAGGCAAACUGGACGCGUUGCUUGAACCAGCUGUAAUUCUCCAAGGAAACUUCCUCCUCGGUUAUUUUCGUCUUCAGGAUUUGAAGCGCAGUGUGCGCCAGGGACUGUGUUUGCCUCCCAAUUUAGACCAAAUGGAAGUCGUGAUCAAAACCGUACGAAUCUGGAUGUGCGCUCGGAGGACUGUUAAGUCUGCAGAAAUGAGAGGGAAGAAUGCAGACUAGGCUGGAAAGCGAGAAAAAGACGGACUGACAUAGCGAGGAAUCGGGCACAUAAACAAGCAGGGUCUCCAUGCAGACUCACUGCAGUUCCACAUUUUGGAGGGAUGCGAAAUUCAAGUUCAGACGCUUCUCUUCUUUUUGAAGAACAUGUGCUUUAUUAGUCCUCAUGUGUCCUCAGGAUAUCUUCCCAAAGAGGGAAACUAAUCUCCAGGAGCGACGUUCCAAUGCCCAACAUCCUAAAGUGUGAGCCCCCCCAGCCUGGCAGCAGCUGUAGCCGUGUUAGCAGAGUGCUGGUAAGCUGAAGCUUGGGGAAAUGUCUCAACUGUACUAUCGGCGGACUGACAGCUCCUCUUACCGGGACCGCAUCCCGCUGAGGAUUGUGCGGGCCGAGUCAGAGCUGUCGCCCUUGGAGAAAACUUACCUAGGAGCUGUGGAGAAGGGGGACUAUGCUAGUGUCAAGCAGGCUCUGGAGGAGGCAGAGAUCUACUUCAAGAUCAACAUCAACUGCAUCGACCCCCUCGGCCGCACAGCUCUGCUGAUUGCAAUCGAGAAUGAGAACUUGGAAAUCAUCGAACUAUUACUGAGCUUCAACGUCUACGUCGGUGAUGCCCUGCUCCACGCAAUCCGUAAAGAGGUGGUGGGAGCCGUGGAGCUGCUGCUAAAUCACAAGAAGCCCAGUGGAGGCAUGCAGGUUCCUCCUAUCUUACUGGAUAAGCAGUUUUCUGACUUCACCCCUGACAUCACUCCCAUCAUCCUCGCUGCUCACACCAACAACUAUGAAAUUAUCAAGCUCCUGGUGCAGAAAGGCGUGUCAAUGCCGCAGCCACAUGAGGUGCGCUGUAACUGCGUGGAGUGUGUGUCCAGUUCAGACGUGGACAGCUUGAGACACUCUCGUUCACGCCUCAACAUCUACAAAGCGCUGUCAAGUCCCUCGCUAAUCGCACUCUCCAGCGAGGACCCGUUCCUCACGGCGUUCAGGCUCAGCUGGGAGCUGCAAGAGCUCAGCAAGGUGGAGAAUGAGUUUAAAUCAGAGUAUGAGGAGCUGUCUCAGCAGUGCAAACAGUUUGCCAAGGACCUCCUGGAUCAGACGAGAAGCUCCAGAGAGCUGGAGAUGAUCCUGAACUACAGAGACGACAUCAACUUAUUAGAGGAGGAGGGCAACAACGACCUGGCAAGACUGAAACUGGCCAUCAAGUACCACCAGAAAGAGUUUGUAGCUCAGCCAAACUGCCAGCAGCUUUUGGCGUCCCGCUGGUACGAUGAGUUCCCCGGUUGGAGACGUCGCCACUGGGCUGGAAAGUUCAUCACCUGCGUCUUCAUCGGCCUCCUCUACCCCAUGUUUGCUCUCUGCUACCUCAUGGCCCCCAAGAGUCGCUAUGGCCUCUUCAUCCGAAAGCCCUUCAUCAAGUUCAUCUGCCACACGGCGUCCUACCUGACUUUUCUGUUCCUGCUGCUCCUUGCUUCUCAGCACAUCGUCACCACAGAGCAGGACAGACAGGGCCCUGCACCCACCACUGUGGAGUGGAUGAUCCUACCUUGGGUGCUGGGAUUCAUCUGGGCAGAAAUCAAACAGAUGUGGGAUGGAGGAUUUCAAGACUAUGUCCACGACUGGUGGAACCUGAUGGACUUUGUCAUGAACUCUCUUUACCUGGCCACUAUCUCCCUCAAGAUUGUAGCCUACACUAAGUACAGUGGUAGUAAACCCAGGAACCAGUGGGAGAUGUGGCACCCAACGCUAGUUGCAGAGGCUGUGUUUGCUAUUGCCAACAUAUUCAGCUCCCUGCGCCUCAUCUCGCUCUUCACAGCCAACUCUCACCUGGGGCCACUGCAGAUCUCUCUGGGGAGGAUGCUGCUAGACAUCCUGAAGUUUCUCUUCAUCUACUGUCUGGUUCUGUUGGCCUUUGCUAACGGGCUGAACCAGCUCUAUUUUUACUACGAGACGAAGGCUUCAGAUGAGAGAGGAAAAUGCAAAGGCAUCCGCUGUGUGGAGCAGAAUAAUGCUUUCUCCACAUUAUUUGAGACGCUGCAGUCCCUCUUCUGGUCGAUCUUUGGCCUCAUCAGUCUUUAUGUGACCAACGUGGACGCAGACCAUCAGUUCACCGAAUUUGUUGGUGCCACUAUGUUCGGCACCUACAACAUCAUCUCUCUGGUGGUGCUCCUCAACAUGCUCAUAGCCAUGAUGAACAACUCAUACCAGCACAUCGCAGAUCAUGCAGACAUUGAGUGGAAGUUCGCCAGGACGAAAUUGUGGAUGAGUUACUUUGAAGAAGGCGCCACCUUGCCAGCUCCUUUCAACAUUGUCCCCAGCCCUAAAUCCUUCUGGUACCUCAUGUGCUGGAUAAAGAGACAAGUGUGCAAGAGAACAAGAUCCAAGCGGCCUGAAACCUUUGGAACAAUUGGAAGAAGAGCAGCAGAGAACCUGAGAAUAAACCACCAGUAUCAGGAGGUUCUGAGAAACUUGGUGAAACGUUAUGUGGCUGCAAUGAUCAGAGAUGCCAAGACAGAGGAAGGCCUGACAGAAGAGAACUUCAAGGAGCUCAAACAGGAUAUCUCGAGUUUCCGUUACGAGGUGAUGGGAAUGGUGAAGACCGGAAAGCCAGGACUACAGGGGGCUAAAGCCAGCGGUAGCUCAACAGAUUCCAGUCUUGCCUAUCCCAACUCCUCUCUCAAGGUGACUCUCAGCCCUCAGAGCAGCGAGACAAAAAGCAAACCCAACCGAUUCAAGAUGACCACAUCCAUCCUGAAACACUGCAGCUCUGUAGCCUCACCCAGGCCGCCUGAGGCCUCUAACGGCCUGCCCAACGGACUCUUACCCGCGGCAUCAGAUGAGAGCUCAGGCGAAAAGUCAAGUCAGAGGAGAAAUUUUCCCAAAGAUAUCACUGACUUUGGUUUGUUUCAAAAACGCCACAAAGGCGGUAGUGAAGACGCAGCUGGAGCAGGAGAGAUUUCUAGAAACAUAUACUCUCUGUCAGAGGAAGCAGGGGAUUCUGACGGCUCUGAUUCAGAGAGAAAAGAAACAGGUAAGGAUGAAAAAGAAAUGCAAGAGACAGAAAAAAUGGAAAAAGAUUCAGCAAAUGAGGACAAGGAUGAAAACAACAAGGAUGAAGGUGGAGAAAGAGAAGCAGAAGAAAAGGACACAGAAAGUUCCCCCUGCAGUGACUCAACAGCUGAUGGAUGUUUGUCAGAGUCAUCCAGAGAGAAAGAGUGAAAUCUAUGAACAUAUCUACAGGCCAUAAUGUUGGACUUAAGAAACAAACACUGACAAUCAAUGCAGGCUUAAAGUGCGGAUGUGAAUGUUUGUUUGCCAAGAGUCUAACUUUUCCAGUUACAGCUGAACUGAUCAGAUUUGAUUUUUAGAGACUCAGGGAGGACUUUGGUUCAGGUGUUUUAAACACAGAUGUUAGCAGCAGAGAUGCAGCCAAGCUUAUCAAAGCUCUGCAAGGGUUGGAUUGUAUGAUAGUCAUUUCAUUGUUUCUCAUUUCUUGCAGAUGAUUUAUUCCUGUCAUCACCUUGUCCUCUUAAUUCAUCUAUUUCUCUCAAUUCUAUGGUAGCCUACAAGGGAAAAUGAGCUGCAGCAGUGCAAAGAGUCUUCAGAAUAACUCUGUGACCGUUGAGUGGUCAUUAGAGUAAAUCUGUGACUGUUGAGUGGUCAUUAGAGUAAAUCUGUGA